AACACGCUUCUUGUCGAGGCGCCGGUGGGGACAGCAUGUCCUUCCGGAGAAAGAAGAAGUUGGGCUCUGCGCUCAAGAAUGUGGAACUGCAGACGGACGAGGUUAUCCGCCAGGGCUGGCUGCUCAAGCAGGGCAACCGGAUCAAGACGUGGAAGAAGCGGUGGAUGGUUCUCAACCGGGCCUUCCUCCUGUACUUCAAGUCGGCGGCGGUGAAGGAGUCGACCCAGCCUCAGGGCGUGAUCAAGAUUGCAGAGAUCCGGAAGGUCCAGAUCGCCGACGUGCACAAGAGGAAGAAGUUUGGCUUUGAGAUCCAUACACGGAACAGGACGUAUCCCAUGGCGGCAGACUCGGCCUCGGUCCGCAAGGCAUGGAUUGUUUCGAUCCUCAAGGCUGUCGAGGAGAACAAGGCCAUGCGCGCCAAGGUCAAGAAGGGCUCGGCACAGCUGCACAAGGCGCUGCUGUCAUCGAGCACCGGCGCUGGCGGCAAGGCCAAAGCCGCACCGUGGGACCCGUCGGGCGAGGACUACGCCUCGGGCACCAUGAUCAUCGUCGCCAACUCGGACGACGAUGAUGACUCCUUUGACGCCGGGACUAUGGUCAUCAAUCCUGGCGGGGGGCGCCGUCAAGCGCGGGAGCAGCCGACGACGACGACGACGACUUUUACAACGCCGGCACCAUGGUGCUCAACGACUCGGACGAUGAGUCCGGCACCAUGAUCCGUGGCGCGUCGCUUGCGCCCGCCCGCACCGCCGCCGCCAGCGCCGGUGGCGCCAAGCCGUCGUUCCUGCAGUACAUGGAGGAGAACGAGGUCCAGGACGAUGCCGCCUACCUCGGCCAGGCCGAGAGCGGAAAGGACAACUCGAGGAACUGGGAGGGGUUCUCUGCCGACGAGCUCCAAGCAUUCGCUCAGGCCAUGGACAAGCAGCGUGAUGCUGAGAUCCAGCAGGUAACCUCGGUCUUUGAGUCCCUGCGCAUCGCCACCCUCUCUGCCAUUUCCGAGCGCACCGACUAAGGCUGGUCUCUCUGAUCUCCAUUGAAUGCUAUUGAUGUACG